AUGAGUGUCGAGAGCGCGGCAGGAACAAAGUUUCGGGAGUAUUCGCACCUGAUAAAAGUCCUCCUCGUCGGUGACUCCGGGGUCGGGAAAAGCUCGUUACUUUCGAGAUUCAUCGACCCGGACACAGAUUUAGAGGACAUAAGUACGACGAUUGGCGUUGAUUUUAAACUGAAGUACGUGAAGUUGAAACAGACGAACGAGACGGUGAAACUGACCGUGUGGGAUACGGCGGGACAAGAACGGUUUCGGACCUUGACGUCGAGUUAUUAUCGAGGCGCGCAAGGCAUCGUAUUCGUGUACGAUAUUUCGUCAAAGGAGAGCUUUGAGAGCGUGGAAAACGUCUGGCAGAAAGAGGUGGACAUGUACUCGACGAUUCCAGAUGCGAUUAAAAUCGUCGUCGGGAACAAAGUAGAUAAGGAAAACGAGCGGAAAGUGAAGAAAGAAGACGCGAUCGCGUUCGCGCGGCGCAACGGGUGUUUGUUUUUAGAGUGUUCGGCAAAGACGAGAGUGAGCGUGAAGGAGAUAUUCGAUGAGCUGUUACAAGCGAUCGUGGAGACGCCGAGUUUGUUGAAAGACGGACCGAGCGGGAAUAGUAAAGGAGCUAGAGGAGGAGUUGGUGUGAAUUUAAGUGAAGCGAGAGGGGAUGGGAACAUUGUGACCAGGAAUUGUUGCUCUUAG